AUCAGAUCAGCAACCAGCAACAAGCAGCCAGCAACCAGCAAACUCAAACCAACCCACGGUCAAGAACAAACUCAACAACAAUCAAUGUCAAGGUACAUAUACUCAAGUGCCUCUUCGUACUGGAGAGGACGUGACAGCUACGACGACCUUGACGGGUACGAUAGUGACGAGCAUCACAGACACAGAGAUUCGAACCGGCGCCGCCGAGACAAAGACCGGGAUGACCGGCGUCGUGACCACUCCGACUUUCACCGUGACCCGCUGGGGGUGAUGGCUGAAGGACUCGGCAAGUUUGUCAAAAAGUCGUUUGGAGUGGGCGACAGCAUUCGAUCCAAGAAAGCGCCUUUCUCGUGGGCGUAUGGUAAACAGUCGACAUCCAAAGCCGAUCUUUCCAACCGGAGGCACGAAGACGACUGCAAGGACCGCGCCAGGGCCUCCAGGCGGUCAUCGAGGGAGUACGCUUACCAUGACGAUGAAUAUGGUUACCCCCGGCGAUCUACUGACCGAAUUAGUGAACCGUGGUCGCAGUACGGAGAGUAUCACCACCAACAGUACCACUGGGUCGACAACCAGUGUAUACACCCCGCCGCAGCGACAAGCCGUACCUCGAGGAGGUCUUCGACUUCACACGCCUGGAUGCCUGAGAUGUCGGGAGGGUAUUACCACAGCUACUGGCGGCCGUCGAGGGGCGAGCCGGAGUACUACUUUGAUAAGGAACGGAGACGCAGGGAGAAGGCACAGGCGCAGCCGGUGGAGACGGACGCACGAUACGCGCAGUCUGGGUCCAAAUACCGCUCCUCUAGGACCAAGAGGGGGUCGACGUCGUCAACCAAGCCUCAAAUGCCGCCGGUGAAUCUCAACGGACAGCAGUCGGAACCCAGAUAUCGUUACUACAGGGUGAAGCAUGGAGCCAGAUACCCGACCCAGACAGAUGAGCCGAGACCGACAACACCGACGACACCAAAGAAGGUGCGAUUUGAGGGCAUCUAUGAGCGGUCGGAUCUCUCGGAUUAG